CGUCAUUCCCUUUAAUUUUUCAUAACUCCAUUUCCAUCAGCACACCAUACUGCGAGUGGCAAAUUCGACGCAAUCUCGGGACUAUUUCUGCGAUCAAUUUCCCUGCUCCGACCAUCAACCAUGAGCUACCAAAACGUUGCCCGCUUGGUGCUGCAGAACAGCCGCCAGUUCUCCCGUACCGCUCCUGCCUCGUCCGGCGAGGUGGCCGAAGGCUACAAGCAGCUGAAACACAUCCAGGAGAAAUUCCAGAAACCCGAUGGCAAGCCCGUGUUCCUGAAGGGAGGCCCAAUGGAUAACGCGCUGUUCGGUGUGACCAUGGCGCUGAGUCUCGUUGGAUUGGCCGGAAUCGGAAAGCUUUUCUACGAACUGAGCUACCCCAAGAAGGACGAAUAGAGUAUUUUACUAAUAACACGAGAAACGAUGCUAUGCUUAGUACGUUGGCGCUGGACGAGCAAUCCAAUCCGCCACGAAUGAGUGAGCGUCGUUGUAGUUCAAAAUUUGUGGUCAAAACGGUAUUUAUGUGCCGAAAUUUGCUAGAAAUGUGUUUGGCAUUAGUGUACAUCUCCCAGCCCCUUUGCAGCAACUUCAUCAUGAAUGUUUCCAGUUGUGCUUGUCGCGAUCGAUACGGGAUGCAAAAGUGAACGAACGAUUCCAUUAUGUACGAUGGUACACAUUUAUAAUCGCAUUUAUCAGCAAAUAAAUAUGUGUUUUGAACGAUA